AUGAGCCGCUCAGAUAGGCAGGACCUAGCUAGAGCUGCUGCACAACACCUUCAAAUCCAGAGUGCAGAAUCUCAAUUGUCAACAGAGAAGAACGCACUCACGACCAUAGCGGGAGUCGCUCUUGUAUUGGCGGACAAUGAUCGGCUGAACAAUGGCACGGCUUAUGAAACUGUGGUAGGCGACGUUCUCUCGGAUCACGAUAGAAGUCUGGCCUACAACAUCGACUUUGCUUUCUUCGGCCUCGCCGAGCUGGCUGCCUCGCGAGCUUAUAACGACAGCGAUCGCCGCAACACUGCAAUCGCUAACUGGAACACCAUCUUUAAGAACAGCUACAUUUCCCCCGCAGUGGCUCAAAGCAAUGUCUUUCCACGGAACUUGACAACUGAUCCAGCUUGUGGCAUGACAUUGGGCGGAAUGGUAUUCGAAUACGAUGACCAAACCAAUCGGGCAGUGUGGACACGGAUGAUGACACCGUGGAUCAUGUUGUCUGCUCAGUUGGCGAAUAUAACUGGAGACAUGACGUAUCUGCAACCGGCAGAGACGUCCAUACAGUUUAUACAGAAGUAUCUAUUGGACCUCACGGUCGCCAGUCCAGAUUUCGUGGCCCAUACCUUUGAUGCUACUUCAUGCGAACCAUCAUAUGGCUCGUCAACGACGCUGGACAUUGCGCCUCUCAUUGAAGGGCUGAGCAUAGCAGCAAACCUCACGGGGAAUCAGAAUUACACACAACUACUCGCCGAACUCAUAUCUCGAGCGGUGCUUGGUUGGAGCAAUCAAGAGGGCGUGAUGACCGAAGGAAGCGUAGACCUUGGAAAGGGGUACAUGGUUCAUGCUCUGUUAGAAGCGAGACGUAGCAAUACCGCGAAUGAUACACUAAACAGUCUCAUCGACACUUUCCUUACCAUUCAGUUCAAUGCUGUUUGGAAUAACGCUUCGCUGGGUAACAACAAUUACAAUGUUUCCUGGAUAGGAGACAGUGGGCCGUCAUCAUCCUUCGAUCGCAUGGGGAGCAUUGAAGCGCUCCAUACUCUCAAUGCUGCGACCGCGAUUGCCCCCGCGCCUCCAGAUCAGGAACCAGUAGCUCACCCUUCAAUCAACGUGCGGGCCAUCAUUGGCGCCGUCGUCGGUGGAGUCGCGGGAAUCGCUAUGUGCGCUAUUGGCCUGUUGAUAUGCCUCCGCCGAAAGCGGUCUGGAGGGUCGGCAUACGCGAACGGCGCAAUGGAACUCACAGCACCCCCAAGAGGACAACCCGGAGUUCUUGAACCUUACGUCCUGACGGUGUCCGACAUACGUCAUUCAGCAACGACGAAAGGGAACCCAUACUCGCGCGUCACUGAUUCCAGUGCUGCAAAUGGAAACGAGACAGCAGGAGGAAGCAUGUCCGAUGGGCCAACCGAGCCUCCUCGUCAAGCUGCUGACGGGCUUGCAAGAAGACUGGAGAAUCUGAUAGAUGCACUAGCCACUCGUCGUAAUGGUGCAGUUGAAGAGUCUCCUCCACUCUACGAACCGAGGACCACUGGAACGACCGCGGGCCAAGUACGCCCCGGGCCGUGA